UACAAUAUAAUCAAAUAUCACAAAUUAGAAAUCAAGGCUAUAAUAAAGGAUUUGCUGAAAAUUCAUCAUUUCUAGAUGGAAAUGUUGGAAAACAGGUGUAACCAUCUGGAAAUGCCAGGCCAGGGAAGGAGCCCUAGGAUGUUCAAUGUGUUGAAAACAGAAAUGAAGGUUCAUAGGCACACACAAUUUUGCCUCAUUUGUUUGCUGACAUUUGUCUUCCACCAAUGUCACCAUUGCCAUGAAGGUGAACAUAGCCACAAUGACUGUCAAAUCUCGGAAAACGAAAGGACCGAGCCCGAACCAAGUAAGGAAGCUGAAGUUAAACAGAAAUACUACAUUGAAAAACUCUUUAAUCGUUAUGGUGAGAAUGGAAAAUUGUCGUUUUGUGGCCUGGAGAAAUUGAUGAUGAGCCUUGGCCUCGGAGAAAUUAAAAUAGUAGAAAUAAAUCAUGAGGACAUUGGCCACGAUUAUGUUUCUUACUUAGAUGUACUAGAUACACAAGAAGGAAAGCAUUCUCAUUCCCACAACCAUCCUCAUUCCCAUAAUCACCCAAGCUCAGAAAAUCAGACUGCAAACGAAGGGUCUAGCAAAAGGAGCCAGAAGUGUGAUCCGGUGACAGAAGUUACAGAAUCAUCUUUGAAGCCUGAUGGUAGACCUGCUCAUGAUUCUAAUAAUCACAGACACCACAAGCAUCACCACCGCCGCCAUGCACAUCGCCACAUGGACCAUAACAAUACCCAUCAGUCUCAUAAUGAUUCCAUUAACACCAGUGAUCACGGGGAACCAAGUCAUGAGCCUUCCACAGAGACCAAUACUACUCAGGAACAGCCUGAAAGAAAACUACAUAAGCACCCUAAGAAAUGGCGGAAAAUGAAGAACAGGGAAGUUUCAAGAGUUACAGCACAAGAUUUUACUCUCAAUCAUGACUCAAAUGAGCAAUAUGAACAUAAUCAUGUCCACAAACAUGACCAUGUGCAUGAUGUGUCUUUCUCACAUGCACGUUUUCAUGAACACAAUAAUGAUCAUUCAGCUACUCAUGGACAUCAAGACCCAAACCCUGCUAGCGGGGAUGGGUAUCGACAUACCAGCAAGCGAGAGGCACCUGAUAAACAAAUCAGCGUGGGGAAGCAUACUAAUCACAAGAACCAUAAUGAAGAUGAGCACUCUUCUGAAGAGUGCUUAAAUGUCACACAGCUGCUAAGCCAUUAUGGCCUUCACCCCAGUUCUCCAAUUUCUCCCAGCUUGUUUACUUACCUGUGCCCUGCAUUGCUGUAUCAGAUUGAUAAGCGACUUUGUAUUGAACAUUAUGAAGACCUGCAUCUCGAAGACUUGAACAAAGGAAACAAUGUAUCUCUCGGGAAUGUGGAGAAAACGGGUGCCUCAGCCUGGAUCUGUGGCCUCAUUUCUAUCACAGUUAUUAGUUUGUUGUCUUUGCUAGGCGUGAUUUUGAUUCCUAUAAUCAAUCAGGGAUGCUUCAAAUUCCUCCUCACCUUCCUGGUUGCUCUCGCUGUAGGAACCAUGAGCGGAGAUGCACUACUUCAUCUGCUACCACAUUCCCAAGGAGCCCACAAUCACAGCCACCAUGAAGACCAGGGCCACCAGCAUGAGCAUCAACACGAGCACGAGCACCAGCAUCUGCAUGGCCAUUCCCAUGAGCAUGGAGGAUCGGUUCAGAACUUCCUAGAAGAGUAUGAUGCUGUACUGAAAGGACUUGUGGCCCUUGGAGGGAUUUACCUUUUGUUCAUUAUUGAACACUGCCUACGAAUGUACAAACACUAUAAGAAACAAAGGACAAAACAGAAAUGGUGUAAGAAAAAACAAAAGGUUGAUGAAUCGCCCAUUGGAAGGAAACUUUCAGAUCAUAAGCUAAACAGACCUGAUGCUGACUGGCUUCAACUCAAGCCACUAGCAGGAGCAGAUGAUUCCGUACUGUCUGAUGAUCGACUUAAUGAAACUGAAUUAACAGAUUUGGAUGGCCACCUUGACUCUCUGCCAAAGGCCUUCCUGUCUACUACUGAGGAAGAAAAUCGGAUGCUCCACUCCCAUAAUGACAUCUCUCAUAAUGCCCAGAGCAACAAUCUUUCAGAUGUGGAAUAUGGGAGCAAUCAUCGAGACGUUAAAAUAAUAGCGAGGAAGCACAACCAUCUCUGGCCACAUAAACAUUCCCAUCACUCUCAUGGACACUGCCAUUCCGGCAAAGACUUAAAAGACACCGGAAUAGCUAAUAUUGCCUGGAUGGUGAUAAUGGGAGAUGGGAUCCACAAUUUUAGUGACGGCUUGGCCAUCGGAGCUGCUUUCAGUGCUGGCUUAACUGGAGGAAUCAGCACAUCCAUCGCGGUGUUUUGUCAUGAACUUCCUCAUGAAUUGGGUGACUUUGCUGUACUUCUGAAGGCGGGCAUGACGGUGAAGCAGGCCAUUGUUUACAACCUCCUCUCGGCGAUGAUGGCUUAUGUGGGAAUGCUAAUAGGAACAGCUGUGGGACAAUAUGCAAAUAACAUCACUCUUUGGAUCUUUGCAAUCACUGCUGGCAUGUUCCUCUACGUGGCCCUCGUGGACAUGCUUCCAGAGAUGCUUCACGGGGAUGGAGACAAUGAAGAGCACGGCUACUGUCCAGUGGGUCAAUUCGUCCUCCAGAACUUGGGGCUUGUCCUGGGUUUUGCCAUCAUGCUCGUGAUUGCCCUUUAUGAAGACAAAAUAGUGUUGGACAUUCAGUUUUGAAAACUUCCAGUACUCAACUGUGAUUGCAGUCAUGCUACUGUAAGACUUUUUUUAGUCUGCCCUGUGAUACUGUAUGCACAUCAGUUCCCAGACAAAGCAGUGACACACUCUGGUUUACCUGUAACCGUAUUUUGGUAUCUGUUUAAACAGGCUCUGCUUCUUUCUAGCUAAUGGAAAGGAAGAGAACAAACA